CGCGGGUGGCAGGGCGUGGGCGAGCGCCCUCGGGCGCUUGUUGCUGCGGCUCUGGUUCCGUUGCGGGCGGCUCCUGGGCUCGGGACUCCUGCCUUCCCCGGGACGGCCGGAGACCGAGGCCGGCCCCGGCUGGGCGCGCUCCCCCGACCGCUUCUUUCCACGCUCCCGGACUCGUCUGCAGAAAAGAAGUUUAUCUUCCUACCUAAAACGAUGCAAAUAACUGGGUUACUCACAAAAGACAACAAAGUGAAUACCGCAGACAGAUGAGUAGAAUCAGUAAGAACGUGAUUUUGGCCCUUUUCACACUGUCGAGCUCUGCGUUUCUGCUGUUUCAGUUGUACUACUACAAGCACUAUUUAUCAGCAAAGCAUGGAGCUGGUUUAUCAAAAUCAAAAGGAAGUAGAAUUGGAUUUGAUAGUAUACAGUGGCGUGCAGUUAAAAAAUUUCUUAUGCUGACAUCCAGCCAAAAUGUACCAGUGUUCCUUAUUGAUCCUUUGAUUCUGGAGUUGAUUAAUAAAAACUUUGAACAUGUCAAAAACAUUUCUUAUGGCUCUGCUUCAAAAUGCAAGUUUUUCUGUGUUCAAAGAGACUUUACGACAUUUGCACUACAGUAUCAUCUAUGGAAGAAUGAGGAAGGCUGGUUUCCAGUAGCCGAGAAUAUGGGAUUUCAAUGCCUGAAGACCGAAAGCAAAGACCCGCGGCUGGAUGGGAUAGACUCGCUGUCUGGCACUGAAAUCCCGCUGCACUGCGUCUGCAAGUGGGCCACCCACGCCAUUCACCUGGUGGUCCUUCACGGGAGAAGUGGAAACUACCUCUGGCAUGGCCGUCUGCGACUCAAGAGGCACGUUGACCGGAAAUUUGUUCCUUUUCGAAAGUUACAGUUUGGUCAUUACCCUGGAGCUUUUGACAGGCCAGAGUUACAGCAAGUUAUUAUUGAUGGACUAGAAGUUCUCAUUCCAAAAGAUCCAGUUCACUUUCUAGAGGAAAUACCACACUCUAGAUUUAUCGAGUGCAGGUAUAAAGAAGCUCGAGCGUUCUUUCAGCAGUACCUCGAUGACAACACUGCGGAAGCGAUGGCCUUUCAGAAGAGCGCUAAGGAAUUACUGCAGCUGGCAGCCAGAACACUGAACAACCUGGGAGUCCGAUUCUGGCUGAGCAGCGGCACUUGUCUGGGAUGGUAUCGGCAGUGCAGUAUCAUUCCUUAUAGCAAAGAUGUCGACCUAGGGAUUUUUAUACAAGAUUACAAAUACGAGAUUAUUUUAGCAUUUCAGGAGGCAGGACUUCCACUCAAACACAAGUUUGGGAAGGUGGAAGACAGCUUGGAGCUAUCCUUCCAAGGAAAAGAUGAUGUAAAACUUGACAUUUUUUUCUUCUAUGAAGAGACAGAUUAUAUGUGGAAUGGAGGCACUCAGGCCAAAACAGGAAAAAAAUUUAAAUACCUAUUUCCCAAGUUUACACUGUGCUGGACUGAGUUUGUGGACAUGAAGGUCCGUGUGCCGUGUGAAACCAUUGAAUACAUUGAAGCCAACUAUGGCAAGAGCUGGAAGAUUCCCAUAAAGACAUGGGACUGGAAGAACUCUCCACCCAACGUGCAGCCCAAUGGAAUCUGGCCUAUUUCCGAAUGGGACGAGGUGAUCCAGUUAUACUGAAAUACUAAGUGGAAAUGGGAGAAUUUCUCUUCUGGAAAAAGAAAAGUGGGGAACUAUUUAAGAAAUCCACACCUACUCCCCAAAUGUAAGUGAGAGCAUCACCACAAACAGGACAUCUGAGGACAGAGUCAUAACUCCUGAGCCUUCUGAUUGAGUUCUGUAACAGCGUGUAUUGUGCAAUUUCUGUGUGCCAAGUGAAAUGCAAGAUUACAGUGGAGAAUCAGGUGCAAGAGCAAACAUCCACCUCUUUUUCCUAUGCCUUUUGUAAGCACCCCAACUUCCCUUUCAGAGAAACUCCCCUAUCCUUUGAAGAGCUGAAGUAGAAUAGCAUAUAUUUUUUAGUAGUUUUUUAAAUGUUAAAUAAUGUUUAGACUAGAAAAUGAAUUCAUCAGGCAAAAGCUAAGGAAGGAUAUACUAGUUAAAAAGAGAAAACCAUUCUUGUCCUCCGGGUGUGAGCUGGUAUGUUAGCACUGUGUUUAAGGUUGUAAAGUCUGGGCUAAUCGUGAAGUGACCAGACUUAUGUGGCAUCAAGGAAAGAUGCCAACAGAUGGAUUUUAUAAGC